AUGGACCAGAAUUCGUCGAUUGAUUUGGGUUUUCUUGAAUCCUGCGAACCGUGGUUGCUAACGAAUAAAUUUUUUCCCAGCAAACUGGGAGGUAAACCGGCGUGGCUGGACUUAAAGAACCUACCGUCACCUACCGAUUUGCUGUGCGAGCGUUGCACCAAACCGCUGUCUUUUCUCUGCCAGAUUUACGCACCGAUCGAGGACAAUGAAAACUGCUUCCACAGAACCUUGUACAUUUUCAUAUGUAUGGAUGAAUCCUGCGAUUCUUCUUUGAACGCGAGUUGUCGCAACAUGAAAGUAUAUCGAAGUCAGCUACCGCGACGGAACGAAUUUUACAACUACGAUCCUCCCGAUGAAACGGUGGAAUCGCCCGCAGUAAAGUCUGGUGUGCCAUUGUGUGUCGUUUGUGGGUGUCACGGCCCAAAGCGGUGUGGCCGCUGUCAAUCGGUAAACUAUUGUGGCCCUGUCCAUCAACGGCACGAUUGGAAGGUCGCCCAUAAAGCCGCUUGCGGUGAGGAAACCGUUGUUGAAACCAUCAAAGAGCAGCACAAUACUUUCGUUCUCCCAGAAAUGGAGAUCGUCACCGAACCGGAUGACUACGAACCUAAGCCGAAGGCAUCGGAAGAGGAGAACGAGAAACAUCAGAUGGAAGAGUUCGAGCGAUUGAAACGUGAAGGCAAGGCAGGAGUGCUAGACGAUCUCGCGGAAGCCGAGUUGGACAAGUAUGCGGAGGACCAGGUUGAAGAUAAAGUGUUUGCUCGGUUCAAGGAGCGAAUCGCAAAUGCUCCACGCCAAGUGUUGCGGUACGAGCGAGGCGGUAAACCCCUGUGGCUUUCACCGAUCGAGCCACAAGAGGUUCCGAAAUGCGGGCGCUGUGGCGGAGAAAGGAUGUUCGAGUUCCAAAUUAUGCCUCAAUUGUUGAGCUAUUUGGAUAGAGAAAAGCUGGACUGGGGUACGCUCGCUUGUUUUACAUGUAAAGCUAGCUGCAGUGUGGAAGGCUACGCAGAGGAGUUUCUCUUCCGGCAAGAUGUUCUUGACACUACGGCUACCGCAGGCUCGCAUCAGUCAGAGGGAUGA